AUGCUCGAGCUCCAGGAACAACUACGUGAGCUUGAGGAGGAACUCAAAAAUCUCGACGAUGACCAUGCAUUCUCCAAUGACUCCAUGGAGAAACUGCGUGUCAGAUCCCGGAUGGCUGAUCAACACGCUGCUCGACAAGAGUAUCAAGCUCGGCGCAAACGCCCACGAACAGAUCAGUCCAAUAGGGGAAUAGGCAGCGGAGAAAAUCACAAAGCAGAUGAUGAAGAACAAGCACAGCAGGGCAAUAAUCCCAUCCUCAGCGAGCGGACUGUACUCCUAGCCAAGAUCGAAGAUCGGCUCCUCAGAUACGACAAGAUUCUCAUCAAAGCACGUGAGCUGGCUGAGUUCCAGCGACCCAACGACCGGGACUGGGUAAAUGUCCGUGGGUGGUUCUGGAACAACAAGCCCCUUUCCAACGAACAAGAGGAGUUGUUCAUUCAGAUGAAGGACGACCUCGUCACUCUAAAGCCAAGAGACGAUUCUGGGAAGCUUGAUACUUGGAUCGACUAUGCCGUUACAAUACUGCCUAAGUGUAUGAAUAAAUUCUUCGUCAAUACUUCGCCGAAGGGAUUCCAGGAUCCGUAUUUACGAUUCACGCACACUGGUCGGGUCGAGAAGAUCGCUAUUCUGGUUGUGGUACUCAUCAUCAUUUUCCUGCUGGCCACACCCGUCUUCAUCAUGUAUCGCAUAACGUGGGACAGCAGUCGCACCAGCACAUUUCUCAACAUCGGUCUCUUGAUCGUCUUCUCGUUGUUGUUCUCCGCAUCGAUGGGUCUUAUCACGAAAGCGAAGCGUGCCGAACUCUUCGCCGCGACCGCAGCGUACUGUGCUGUUCUUAUCGUGUUCAUUGGGAACUUCAGUAGCAAUGCGACAUAA